CUUAUACUUAUUUGUCAAUUCUUCUUGUCUUCUUUUAGGUAAGAACCAGAACAGUUGCUGAGUGUGUGGCUUUCUAUUACAUGUGGAAAAAGUCAGAACGUUAUGAUUACUUUGCUCAGCAAACAAGAUUUGGAAAGAAGAGAUAUAACCAUCAUCCAGGAGUUACAGAUUACAUGGAUCGUUUGGUAGAUGAAGCAGAAGCCCAUGGUGGAGCAGUGCAUUCUUCAGCCCUAACAUCUAAUAGUCGAACAGAAGCCAUUCCUGAUCAACAGCUAAGCAUUCUGAACUCCAUUACUGCCAAUGAGCUGACAGGUAAACCAAGAACAAAAAAACCAAAAUCUUUUACCUU